AUGGGGUGCAAUUCUUCAAAAAGAAUUGAAGCAACUGCAGAUGUCUACCGUCCACCGCCUUCAAGCGUUGCAGUAUUUGACAUCAACUCAAUUCAAGAACCAUGGCUUGUCGUCGACAAUUCAGUUCAAGAAAAGCCAUCGAACGUGCCAGCUCCGAUACUAGAGAAACUCAACAAUUUUGAAGCUGAUGCUCCUCAUUCUUGGGAUGAGGUUAGUAAAGCACUUGAAGACCUUAAGCCUACACUUAAUAACAAAACGCCUGUUGCCCCACCAGCAGCAGCUCCACCACAUAGGCCUGAUACCACAGCAGCUCAAGUUGCUAAAACCAACCAAGAAAAGAAGCAAGAACCAAGGGAGAGUGCUUCUAUCCAUACCCUUGAAGAGUUGGAAGCAAAACUAGCUCCGAAGCCUGAAAAUGAGUUGAAGAAAACAGAACCCAUUAGGACCCAGUUGAGGAAAGUCGAGGGUGUCAGCAAGCCCGAGUCAGCAGUUGGGACCGAGUCGGUAACCGAGUCAUCUGCUGCUGCUGCUGCUGCUGGUGGUGUUGGCAGGUCGGUGAAGGAGAAUAUCUUCAUACUGAGGGAUAGGUUAGAGAGGGAAAAGCAAGGGAAGCCUGUGAAGAAGUUGGACCUACUGAGUGGAUUCGAAGAGAAGUGUCCACCAGGUGGAGCUGACUCAGUCGUGCUUUACACGACGUCAUUACGCGGGGUGCGUAGGACAUUUGAGGACUGUACCCAUGUCAGGGCCAUAUUUGAGCUGCAACAUGUAGUGUUUGAUGAGAGGGACGUGUCGUUGCAUGGUGAGUUUUUGAACGAGUUGAGGGAUUUGGUAGGGGAAGGAGUGAGUGUGCCUAGGGUUUUUAUGAAGGGAAGGUACAUAGGAGGAGUUGAUGAGGUUGUUGAGUUGAAUGAGUCAGGUCGACUCGGGAGGAUACUGGUAUGGGCACGUGUGGAACGAGUCGAGGGAAGGCAAGCGUGCGAAGGAUGUGGGGAUGCUAGGUUUGUGCCUUGUUUGGAAUGUGGUGGGAGUUGUAAGGUUUUGGUUGAUGGGGUCAAGGAAAGGUGUGGAAAGUGUAAUGAGAAUGGGUUGGUUCGUUGCCCAACUUGUCAUUAA